AUGGGUACUACAGUUUCAUCUUUCCCAAUAAAUUUUGCUUUGUUAAAUCAAAUUAUUAAUCGUUAUAUUUCCAUUGUUCUUCUAUUUUUUGGUAUAAUUGGAAAUAUAUUAAAUAUAUUAGUAUUUACACGUAAAAUAUUUCGUAACAAUAUUUGUGUUACCUAUUUUCUGGCAUCAGCUAUUUUUGAUUUUCUUUUUAUUAUAAUUGGACUUAUUCCUCGGACAUUAAAUGGAUUUAAUGUCGAUCCAACACAAAAUUCAGCUAUUAUUUGUAAACUGAAAUUUUUCAUAAUAUAUCUUUCAGGAUAUACAGCUGCAUGGUUUAUUGGUUUCGCCUCCAUUGAACGAUAUCUUACUUCAUCAACAGACGUCAACACACGUCAACUAAUUACAAUGAAGCGUGCUCAUCUCUCUAUGGUCUUCAUUAUUUUGUUCGGAUUUUUGGCAUUUGGUGAACAAUUUUAUUGUAUUGAUAUUAACCAAAACUUUUUAGGGUCAUCACAAUCAUGUUUUCAAUUAAGAUUAAAUAUUCAAUGUCAAAUUGUUGAUAGUCUAAUGCAAUUUUUAUUCCAAAUCUUAGCACCAGCACUAAUGAUGAUUGUAUUUGGAUCGUUAACAUUACGAAAUAUUCGUCGAAAACAUCGUCGUAUCAACGUAAUACAAACAGCUAAUAGACCUUCAUCGAUGGCCACAAUUACAAACGCAAUCCCUAUUCCUAUACCACAGCAGCCAAUAAACAAUACAAACGGUCAAAAUAAACAACCAUCUUCCAAAGAAGUUAAUCGAGUGACACAAAAACGUGAAGCACAAUUAAGUUUAAUAUUAUUCAUACAAAUUGCUGUCUUCGUUAUUUCUUCGUUUCCCUUAGGUGUGUAUAAACUUUAUUCCGUGGCAACUAUUUAUGACACAAAAUCUGUUCUACGUGUAGCCAUUGAAAAUACACUAUUUAAUAUAUUUGUAAUAUGUGCAUAUCUUAAUAAUGCUAUCAAGUUUUAUAUUUAUACUUUAUGUGGUACCGUAUUUCGACAAGAAUUAAUGAAAUCAUUUGUUUUUGCUAAAAUAACACGUUUAUUAAACAGAUAG